AUGGCCACUAGAAAUAAAAAGAAGCGGACACCACAUUCACAAAACGACAGAUGGGUUGUUGUUGCUGCAGACUCCGCCGUGGAAGCGCCACAGAAAGAUGACAGUGACCCCACUUUCGUCAGGCUCAGGAACCCUUCAACACAUGCAGUGUCUCUGUACCUGUUGGGCAGUGGUGAUGUGCAGCUAUAUAAGGUCAAAGCCUUCAACGAAGACUUCCACUUCUGGUUCAUUGGCCAGACAGUACAGAGAGAUGGGAGACUUCUGUAUGUCACUCCAAUGGAUCCCCUCUACCUUCUGUUGCCCUACUUGUUUAAAGCGGGUAAAGAGGUGAAGUUCCAGCCUGUGUACCAGAUGUUGAUGGACGAGGACUUCCCAGCAUGCACCAGGCUGCUGAUCUACACGCACUCCCUGGCCUCCCUGCACCACAUGGCUGAGGAAAAAGAGGUGGGCAGUCAGAAGUUUCACCGCUACAGCCAGGAGAGGACCAUGGAAUGGUUAAAGAAAAAGGCUGAGAGGACAGUGAAGGCCCUCGGAAAGACUAACAUCUCAGUGGGAGAAAGGGUGAAGUCCACGACGUACGUCAGAGUCAAGAAGGAGUCAGAGACCCAGGAAGAGGACUACCUGCAAUAUGCCCAUGGUCUGAUAUCUGCGUAUAUCAGGGAAGACCUGAGCAAAGCUCUCCUCAACCAUCUACAGUUACCUGAGCUCUCAAGCCCUAAUGAGGUGGAGCAUCAUUCAAAGGGAUUUUAUCCAAAACGAAAACUGUCUGACACACCGGUGGAGGUGGGAGAGGGCUACACCAAAUUCAACAGCUCCGAUUUCACCCGCAAACCGCCCAAGAAGAUGAGUACGGCACAGAGGACCCUGGGCAAGGUGGACAAAACAGGCAUGAAAAGCAUGUCUGCCUUCUUCAGCCCCAAGGGCCAAGCAGAGAAAAACUGA